AUGGCGGCAGAUCAUUCUAUGCGCGACUACGGUCUGGCUGCACCUCACGGGCCGAACUUCACCGGCCAGCAUGUUGCUACGGCCAACCUUGACGACAUGAAGGGCGACGAGGCAUCCGUCUUCCGAAACCUGUUAUUGCCAGACGACAGCUACGACGAGAAUGGCACAUACUGGGCGGACAUGCCGCUCGGCAAGCGCAUCUCCUUCAUCAACAAGGUCAACAACGCCGAGAGCGCCAGCGAGCUGCGAACAAUUGGGCGGAUGAUCAAAGCCGAUCCGCUCAGCCCUGUCAGCUACUACUUCCGCAAUAUGGUCAUUCCUGGUAUGGGACUUUUGUUAGAAGGAUACGUCCUGUUCUCCAUCGGAAAUCUUGGUCCAUUGUUUGAAGCUGGCUUCCCGGACUGCUGGGGCUCCCAGACUAUUUGCCAGCCUGUAUGGCAGGAAGCUGUGGCGUACCUUGAAGUCGUCGGUAUUAUUCUUGGCCAGAUCCUGGUCGGCAUCCUUGGUGACUGGCUGGGUCGCCGUUGGGGUCUGAUCCAAGAUGCUAUUAUCAUGUUUCUCGGCCUAGUCAUGCUCACUGCUUCGUGGGGUGUUACGAUGAACGGCUUCGUCAUCUGCUAUGCGCUAUCGCUCAUGUUCUACGGUGUUGGCGUUGGUGGCGAGUACCCAAUGACUGCGACGUCAGGCAUGGAGAACGCUGUCGGCUCUGGUAAGAUCUCAACUCGGGACGACCGCCUGCACCGUGGCCGCAAGGUCACUUCCGCUUUCCUGAUGCAAGGCUGGGGUCAGUGGUUCAACCAGGUCGUUCUCAUCCUGUUGCUCCUCAUCUUCAACUCCGGCAGCGGCAAUCCUCCAUACGACAAGGUCGUUGUGCAAUGGACGUUCCGCGUCUCCUUUGCUAUCCCGGCUGCGGGUACCCUUUGGUUGGUCUACUACAGAACCUACAAGAUGAGGUCUGCAUCCAAGCAGCUUAUGGCAGCCAAGAAGAAGCAGUCGGUCACUGGCUACGACGUCAAGUCCCUCGGUCUCACCUUCACCUACUUCGGCCCACGCAUCAUUGCUACUGCCUUCGGCUGGUUCGCGAACGACGUGUUCUUCUACGGCAAUAAGCUCUUCCAAAGCUCCUUCAUCGCCGUCUUGAAUCCCAACGCAGAAGGUGUGAUGACGAAUUGGCUCUGGAACUUGGCCAACAUCGGCGUGGAACUCGCUGGCUACUACCUCGCUUCCUUCUUGAUCGACCACAAGCUCUACGGCCGCAAGUGGAUGCAGAUUAUCGGUUUCGCCGCCUGCUUCAUCACCUUCGCCAUUCCCGCCUUCCAGUACCACUACUAUGCGGAAGGCCCCGGCAUCCACUCCUUCCAGGCCAUGUACUACCUCUCGUCCUUCUUCGGCCAGUUCGGUCCGAACGCUGUUACCUUCUUGGUCGCCGCUGAGGUCUUCCCGACACCAGUUCGAGCCUCCGCUCACGGCUUUAGCGCAGCCUGCGGCAAGCUUGGCGCCCUCCUGGCAGCUGUACUGUUCAACUACAUCGACUCCCACACCCGCUUCUACGUCGUCCCGUGGUUCGGUCUUGUUGGCGCUAUUGUUACAUACCUCUUCCUACCCGACACCACCGGCCUCGACCUCAAGGAGCAAGAACGCCGCUGGGCCUUCAUCCGCGCUGGCCGCGAGUCGGAGUACCACGGUAUCGCCAUCCACCCGAAGCAUCUGUCCUUCUGGGAACGCAUUCGAGGCGUCGGCAAGCACUACAACCCUGAGCUGGACUACCAGCAGCGUGUCGAGGAGAUGCGCGCUGAUUGGGAACAAGCCAUGGCCCGCCACGCCCAAGAGAAAGAGGGUGCCGAGAUCGACGAGGCGACUGACGACAGCUGGAGUUCUGAAGUCAGCACGUUCUUUGAACGUACUCGCGGGAAGGGAAAUGGGUCCACACGAUCGCCUUUCGUGCAAACGACCCAGGCCAACGGCGGUACGUUGAGUGAGAAGGAGAAGGAGAGUGAUGAGGCUGCUCGUUAG